GGGUCUGCGGAGCACUAAAAAUAAAGACCGGCUUUUCUUUUAAGUCGCCCUGGCCGUUGUUAUGUAACCGGCAGCGAGAACUCCCACUCCCCCGCCCGCGAUCCCGGUAAAGAAAAAGAAAAGGAAGCCUCUGCCCGAGGUUUCUUCUUGGUAAACCACGUCGCUUGCUUUUCGACGGGAGCCUCGAAGUGAAGGUGUAAAAUGACAGUCUGUUCACUUCAGGGUAUCAAGUUAUCAGCAGAGGUCAAACCAUUUGUCCCCAAAUUUGCAGCAGUAACAGUGGCAUGGCCAGAACCCUCAGAAGCAUGUGUCUUUCCUGGGUAUUAUACAACAUGCUAUCCAUAUGUUCAGGAGCCAUCAGUGAAUAAACAACAGCUAUAUAUUGAAGAAGUACCAUGGGAUACCUCCACCUGUCUUUCUCAGUGUGCACCUCAAAAUAUUACAGGAUGUACUUCUCUUGAGGAGUACACCAAUUCUCCAUAUUCUCUUACUGCCACACCAAGAACACAUGCAGUUUCCAGCUUCCAGAGUCAGAACAUUUCUAGUAAACAGGGUAGAGAGUACACCCCACCGCCUUCUUUGAUCAGAAAAGAAUGUGCUACUUUAUCCAGGAGACAACUGAAAAAUAAUGAAACUAGACUGGAGGAUAAAAGGCCUAAUAGAAGUGAUUUUACCUGCAGAUCAACCGAAAAUUCAGCUUAUAUUCCUCUGCAUAGCAGGAAUACUAUUAAAUCUGGUACACUGACUCACAUGAUUGAAAAAAAAGAGGCCAGAAUACACAAUAGGCCUAUUAAAGUUAUGAAUGGGAAGUUCAAGCAAAUUCCAAACGCUGAACAUCUACCAGAACCUGCCUUUGAAAUGACCUUGUCAGAUUUCCCAAAACUCCAAGACCUAGAAAGUAACAAUCUCCUGGAUCUUCAAAAGCAUGCAUGGGGGCCAGUGGUCUCAGCAGAAGGAGAUAAGCUGCCUCUGACACCUCCAGGAAAACUUGCAAUUUCAAACAUAACCAAAGAGGGUGAAGUAUGUUGGAAAAAGCAUUUCACAACAAGACCUUUAAGUUCUUCAUCAGAUCCCGGAGUUCCUCAGGCAAAUCCAGGCCUUUUCACCGAAAUACCCUUAUCUUGGGCCACUGUGCUUUCCCAAACUUCCAAAAAAGUUGUUCCAGUUCCAGCUUCAAUUCUAGCAAGCAAUCAUUCUGGAAGUAAAAAAACAGAUAAUGCUCCUGAGGAUUACAAGAAAUCAGAAAGAGAAAAUGCAAGUAAUCUUGAAGAAACAGCAAAGAGAAAAAAGAAGAAAAAGAAAAAAAAGAAAGCCAGACCAUGCAGUGAAGUAGAGAAACUUCCUAUCCAGAGGAUUUUAGUUCAAGACCCUCCAAGAAUUCAGGAUGUUGAAGAAUUCCCAGAUUUAGCAUCUGCUUUUGACAGAAAACAUAAACAGGCAACUGAAAAUAUUCCUUGUUUAACACCUAUUAUUGAGAAGACUAAAAUAAUCACAAAGCUCUCAUUUGAGUCUCAUGAUCAUUCUCCUCCAAAGGAAUUAAUACCUAUGCCUGAUGUAUUAUCCACAAGAAAAACAGGCAAACAGGAUCCACCAGCUCCAAUAGAAAAAAAGAAAAUGCAGGAUACUCUGCCAUCUAAGAAAAAUAGAAAAAAGAGUCAGAUUCCUGUGCAGCUUGAUUUAGGGGGUAUGCUGGCAGUUUUGGAAGAAAAACAGCAUGCAGAAAAAUUAAAGCAAUCGUUUAAACCUCUGGUGCUUUCAGUUGGUAGUGGAGUAACAUUGUCCACAAAGGAAUCUCCCAGAAUGACAAAAACGUCGUCAUCAAUUCAGAAAAAUACUCCACACAACCCCUUGGAUUCUAGUUCUCCAUUGGUCAAGAAGGGGAAGCAGAGAGAAGUCCCAAAGCCAAAGAAGCCAACAUCACUAAAAAAGAUUAUUUUGAAGGAGAGAGAACAGCGAAAACAGCAACACGUUUUAGAACAGAUGGCUACACCGAAGAAAGCUGAUGCUGUCGAGCAGAAUGCAGAAUCUGUUCCUGAUGACGAGCAAUUUUGUAAAGCCCCGAAAGAAGGUGCAGGGUUCAUGGACAACCAGUCAGGUCCAGAAGUUGUAAAAGAAGUUGCAGAGUACCCAGUACUUCUGACGCCGAGUAAUUCAGAAGUGGACUUGAAAUGUACAGAAUCUAGUGGUUCCAUGCAAAACUCCAUUGAUCCAUCACAGUUGAAAUCCAACUUUCCCAAAAUCCAUAGCCGAAGAUUUAGAGACUACUGUACCCAAGUGCUUAGUAAAGAGGUUGACAGCUGCGUUACAGAUCUCCUAAAAGAGUUGGUUCGUUUCCAAGACCGCUUGUAUCAGAAAGACCCUGUGAAGGCCAAGACGAAACGCAGACUCGUUUUGGGACUCAGAGAAGUCUUGAAACACCUGAAGCUGAAGAAGUUGAAAUGUGUCAUUAUUUCUCCAAAUUGUGAAAAAAUUCAGUCAAAAGGUGGGUUGGAUGAGACUCUGCAUCUCAUAAUUGACACUGCAUGUGAACAGAAUAUUCCAUUUGUUUUUGCUCUCAAUCGCAAAGCUCUAGGGCACUGUGUGAACAAAUUAGUGCCUGUUAGUGUGGUGGGAAUAUUCAGCUAUGAUGGUGCUCAGGACUACUUUCACAAAAUGGUGGAAUUGACAAUGGAAGCAAGGCUGGCGUACAAGGAGAUGAUUUCAACUUUAGAGAAGGAGUCAAGUGAAGAUGUAAAACAAAGUGAUUGUGUACUCCAAACCGAUCGGGAAGAGAAUUGUGCACUAGAUAAUGGUAUGGUGCCCUUUCAAGAAUCUGAAGAGGAUGCCCCAAAUUACAUUAAGAUCUGGAAGCAAAAGCUUGAAGAGGAGUAUAAUCCCUACAUCUUGGAGCUGGAAAAACUGUCAACCACUGACAUGUUGCCCUUGGGUGUUGAGGAGCCUCAGUAAAUCAAGACUACCUUCUUUGGCAUUAUUGACUUUUACUUUAUGUGUGUGUCUGAGUGUAUAUAGACUUGUAAAUAGUGAGUUACCUAAAUUUAAUUAUCUGUAAUAUAGGAUAGAAAACCCACAGUUGAAUUUCUGAGAUAAUUUAAUGCCAAAGAAUUCAGAGCUGUCCAAUAACUUCCCUCCGAGGGCGGAUUCAGUGAAAGCGCUUGGCUCAUCCAAAUGGAAUACAGAAUGAGACAGAAAUCGAAUCAGGUUUGUUUGUAUUUUCAUAUAGCAAAACUGUAGAGAAAGCACCUUUAGCAGAAAGCCAGACAGGUAAUCUCUGCUCCUAUAAGCACAGAGUCUCCAAUCACUGUUCUCAUGAUUUCCUAUAAUUAUAUCACUGGAUUGAUACAAAUGAACUGCAUUGUGCUUGUAAAUGGUUUCUUUUUCUCUUUAUGAUAGAAUACACAACUGCAUAAAAUAAUAUGAAAUGAAAAAAAAGUGAAGGGAACACCAUUGAUUUUCUCUGGGACAUUAUUGUAAAUAUAUAUAUAAAAUAUACUAAUAUAUAAUGAUUCCAUUUGGAUAUAUGCAAAUUAGCAAAAAAAUGCAAUACUGCCAGCUGGUUUAUUUUGUGAUGGAGCAAUUUGGUGUAGGUCAUGGGUGUGUCAAUAAAAGAUGGUAGAAGCAAAGUGGAAUUAUUAAAUACAUAGAGAAUAAUCAUUAA